UCCAAGCCAUUCCGCACACCACAAUGUAUUAUGAUCUGGGUCACCCAUUAUGAAUUUGAAAAGCCGCUGUUAGCACGAAAAAAUUCCUUUCCUAAGGACCUGUAAACAGCUCGGGCUUAAACAAAUUACGAAGAGAUCUAAUCCACGUAGUCACCGAGGAAUCCAGUACAGAAGUUUCCUGUCAGUCGUUACCUUCCGAUCUCGUGCUUUGAAAGCUGCAGCAAUCCGAAGUCACCUUUGAUUUGACCUAUUUGACGUACGUCCUUGGUUAUCAGUCGAGUUUUGCAAUAUAGUUCCUUUUGAGUCUGGCAAGGAACGACGACCAACAAUUUACGAUUUCCGAACGCGAUUUCUGUGAACAACAAUUCUGCAGUAUCUCAGGAGAAUCUUCGAAGAGGACCUGGAUAGUACUGACAGGGUGAUGUGAAUUUAAACCCUUCUUCUGUCAUUUAUUUGUCUGGCAAUGUCAAAACCAUUCUUUCUCAAGGGUGGAGUUAGAAGAAUAAGGCCCUCAUCACUUGGUUCUGAUUCAGAUGAGAAUGCUUUGGUACGUCAAGGCACCCAAGCUUAUGAACUGGAGUUAGAAAACAUUUCUGACAGUGAUGGGAGCAGUGUCAAGAACAUGGAAGAACUUGAUCCUUGCAGUCCAAAUUCAUCAACUCCUAGAAGUCUCUCCCCCCUUAGCUCACUUAGUAGUGGAGAAAGCCAGUUCACCAACAGAACAUUUGAGUUUCCUCGAGAACCAUUUAAUGUUCCACAGUAUGACAAUUUGCGCUCCCCUGUUAUGCGACCAAGUACAUCUCUUUUAGAAGUGUCAAUUGCUAACUUGCCACCAGAGUCUGAGUUGAAGCAGUCUCUGUUAAAAAUCCGUGAACAGAUGGCUUUGAGUCUUGUGCGAUUAAAGGAGCUGGAGGAACAAGUUAGGAAUGUACCAACCUUACAAGUUCGCAUUUCUGUGUUACAAGAGGAGAAACGCCAACUUAUCAAGCAGUUGCAAUCCAAAGCUACUAGAAAAAGGAGCCUAUCAGUAGGCCCUUCAUUAGGUAUUGAUUACUCUGUGUACAAUAAUGCACACCCCAAAGGUUCAAAGAGUGACACAGAAAAUGAUGGUGAUGAUGACUAUGCUCUGAUCAGGAAGAAACUUAGAGUCAAGUUAAACUCUGUUGGUGUUGGAGAUUACUCAGUAAAUGGACCUUGUUCUUGUUGUCCCACAGCAACACCAGUAGUAGUUAAGGCUCCUGUGAAGUCUGUGUGCGUUGGUACGGAUAUGGAUUCAGAUCAGAACAGUCCACUACCAAUAAAAGAGGUUGAGGAACCAGUUAAACCAGUUGUACAAACAAGAUCAAUUGGAGUUGGAAUGAUGAGGUCUUUCACAAGAGAUGUUGGUGUGGGUGAAGAUAAACCAAUCAUUAACACUGAAAGCAAAGGUUCUCAGGCUUCAGUAGGAAUGGUGGAUUCUGCCUGUGAUGCUCUGUCUACCACACCUACAAGUGAUAUGGCAGUGUUAGUGAAACCUGAUGUAUGCUCAAAAGGAAUUGGCACAAUGAAAGAAAACUCAACUGACAGUUCUUUUUACAGGGGAACUGAAAUUUGUUCUUCAAAACUGUUGGUUCACACUGGUGUUCAGACAGGCAGAAGUCCAGAGGUGUCAUUAGUAUCAAUCGGUGUGGGAAUAUGCACCAUUGAUGAUGAACCAUCCUGCCGAAAGUGUUCCAACAGAAAGUCCCGAGCAGUGGUGAAAACUGUUGACGAGAUCAUGGCCAAUCGUAUUGACAUCCCAUUUUACAGAUCUGUUGGGGUUGGUGAUUCUAGUCUCGAUGACAACUAUCUUUGCAAUCACUGCAGCAACAUUGAGACAAGAACAAUUGCAGUUGGAGAAAAGAUUGAAUAUAGAAACAUUGCUAUUGGCGACUUCAGUGUAUCUGAGGACUCUUGUUGUGACCGUUGUAGUAACCUCAAGCAAAGAACUAUAGGCUGUGGCACUGAUUGUGUUGUUACUGUGGACACUGGUUCUGGAGAAGAGAGGAUUGAUGACUUUCUGUUUUGUGACCACUGUUCAAAGUUACAAACAGCAUCCAUUGGAACAGGUGAUUACAAACUGGAGGAAAACUCUGUUUGUGAACUUUGCAAUUCCAAAAUUCAAUCGGAGGCUGAAAACAUCAUGGAGAGUGUGGUGACUACAGAUAUUGCUGUUACAACAGAAUCAGUUGUUGAGGGUGGUUAUCCAGGUGCUGAGAAAAACAAGGAAGAAACAUGUGUAUCUAUGAAAAAUAUCAGCUCUGCUAUGGGAAGUUCAUGUACACGUACAAUCGGUGUUGGCAGUUGUGGCAUCAUGGACUCUUUCUGCAACAGGUGUGACAAUCUCCACACCAGGUCUAUUGGAGUCGGCAGUGGUAACAUUUCAGUCGAUGUAAUUUGUGACAGAUGUUCCAAUAAGAAAACAAAGUCAGUUGGAACAAGCAGUGACAUCAUAGAAACAAGAACGCUUGGUGUCAGUGAGUGUUGCAUUACAGAUAACUACUGUGACAGAUGCAUGAACAUCAGGACUCAAAGUGUGGCCAUUGGAGACUGUUGUGUAACUGACAGCUUCUGUGAGCGCUGCUUUAAUGUCCAAAUGCACUCUAUUGGUGUUGGAGACUUUGAUAUUAAUGCAGAGGAUGACACGCCUGUAGUUAUACAAGCUAAUCUAAUAUCUGUCGACAAUAACAACAAGGUGGACAUCAACAUGAACAUGAAAACUAAAAACAGCUCUAUUACAACUAAAAAUGUAGUCAGACACAUACAGUCAACACAAGGCAGUCCUCUUAUGUACUCAAAUGAUGGCAUUAAGAAGGUGUUUAUGAACAGCAAGGAAAGCGACCUUCAUGAGUCUGAUGAGAGCAUUGACAAUGAUAACCCCAGCAGUGACACAGCAAGCCAAACCAGUGAAGUUUUGGUAACAACACCAUCUCCAGAGCGGAUUAGAAUAACAGAUGAAGUUGUGGUGGCGUGCAAACUGUUGAAUGGGCAUCUUUAUAAAGGAAAAGAGAUUGGCAGAGAGCAAAUGAUCUCGUGCAUGAGUACAGUGGAAAACAACUGGUUUCGUUGUGUCAGCUCUAGAGACAGUGACCCAGAGGUGAUCAAAGGGCUCUUGAGGAUAUUCAAGAAUCAAAUACAUAUGUUGCUGGAAACUAUUCUCAACCUCGUGGACGGCAAUGGAAAUAAUGCAUUGCAUUAUGCUGUGUCAUUUAGAAACUGGAAAUUAGUGGACGUGUUACUGGACACGGGACUCAUGAACCUGAACUUACCAAAUAAGGCUGGGUACACUCCGAUUAUGAUGGCUGCUUUGGCAGGAGUCGUGAAAGAAGACGACAAAGACAUCGCCAGGAAAUUGUUUCAAACAGGAGACGUCAACAAGCAAGUCGAGGAAACAGGACAAAGUCCACUUAUGUUGGCUGUCAGUCGAGGGAGAAUGGAAAUGGUCGAGCUCACUCUAGAAGCUGGAGCCGAUAUCAACGCAACAGAUGAGGAUGGCUCUACAGCUCUUAUGUGUGCGUGUGAACACGGUCAUCUCAAUAUCGCCAAGCGACUGCUCUUGGAGCCUCAUUGUGAUGCAUCACUAGAAGACCAUGAAGGAAGCACUGCUUUGUCUAUUGCCAUGCAAAGGAACUUCAAAGACUUGGCUUUGCUUAUAUACGGAAAUGUUAGCUUUGAUCCAAUUGGGAAACCUCGAAAGAAAAUCGGUGGCUUGCCGUGUAAAGCUUCUUGACGUACAAGCAAAGAUUUCGGCAAUCAUCAUUAGCUGUUUGAUGGUGCUAUAGUGUUUUAGACGCUUACUGGUCAAUAACGUUUGAGUAGUAGGUCUCUGUGGUAUCAGUAAGAGUCGACUUUUAAAAACCGUUAUAGUUGGGAGUACAUGCCUCUUUGUGUGCCACAUUUUUUUGGUGUUUGACCAUAUUAUCAGUCUUUUUGAUCGACACUUCUUGGUCUCAGUUGUAGUAGUUUUGUGCAAAACAAAUUUUUUCAGGAAGAAGUAAACUGGUUUAAAAAGAAGAAAGAAAAGUAGAAUUAGACGAGAUUUUUUCCACCUUUUACACACUGUCCUCCUUACAUUUCCUCUGGUACCGAUAAGGAGAAUUUGUUUCACAAUUAGGAGCUUCCUAAAUUGGUGAUCAUUUCCUUUGUUCCCUUUACAUUUGAUUCAAGGUUGAUACUGUAAGGAGAAAUUAUAAACCAGUUUUUCUUUGGGCUUCAAGGGUCAAUGGGGUUCUAACUUUAUCAGUUUUCGAAUUUAGAAUUUUAAGAUACCUUUGAAAAGCUGAUUUAUCCAGCGUUUAUAAAGGAACUCUAUUUAGAGGCUCAGUUACUUAUUUUUCUGUGGUAAAGCAAGGGUGUCUGGACGCUGCCAGGGGGCAGAGGAUUUCAAACAGACUAAAAACAUGAGUAAGAUAUGAUUGUAAAUAGAGUAUGAGUUUUCUCCCAGUAAAAGAACCAAAUAAAUUCACAUGUAGAUUAUCCUAACUUAUAGAACCUCUAACUUUAGCUAAUAAAGGAGGUAAGUUUCUAAACAAAGUGUGGUGCUGAGUCGGUGGUAGAGUAUAACAAGGUAUUUCAGUAUUAUCAACUGAGCUGAUAACGGAAAUUGGCCACCGUAAAGUGUUUCAAAGCUGACGUUUCGAGCGUUAGCCUUUCCUCAGAGCGAAUCUGACGACUCUGGAAUAUUAACGAAGAUUCACGAAUAUGUUCUGAAUAAGUUCUUACUAAUAUUUUUAAACCUCGUAGAAUUUAGGAAAGGUCUUCCUUAAUUGGAAGAAGGGAGGCUUGUCUGGCUAAGGCCUGAAGGUGGUUUUACGAUUUUGAUAAUGAACAU